AUGUCCCUCCAUGGCAUCGCCGCGGUGCAGGCCUUCACCCUGCCCGACCUGUCCUCGCCCCGCCUGCUGGCCGGCGGCGUGCUCCCCCUGCGCGCCCUGGCGCUGAGCCCCUCCGGCGCCACGCUGGCGGUGGCGGGGGACGACCCCGGCAUCCGCCUGCUGGCCGUCGGGAGCAGCGCCGUGCUGCGCACGCUGGCUUCCGCGCCCUACACCCGGGGCCUGGCCUACGACCCGGAGGGGGCGUACCUGGCCUCUAUGGGCGCCGACGGCAACCUCACUGUCUGGGACAUCGAGUCCGGCCGGCCUGUCUUCUCCAAAAAGGGCCUGGCCUCCAAGGUGGACAUCCUGUCCCGCCAGCUGUGCGAGCCGGCCUGGCACCCCGACGGCGGCAGCUUGCUGGCGGCGCCGGGCCAGGACGGCGAGGUGGUGGUCUACGAGCGGCUGAGCUGGCGCCAGACCGCCGUGCUGAGCCUGGCGCACGGCUCCAGCCAGCGCCUGGUGAGCUUCUCGCCCAAUGGCCUGUACCUGGCCGCGGCCGACGAGGACGACUACGUCAGGGUGGUGGCGCUGCAGGGCGGGCAGGCCCUGGGGGCGCGCCUGCUCCCUGGCGCGGCAGCGUGCCUGACCUGGCACCCGAGCUCCAACGCCCUCCUGCUGGCCACAGAGACCGGUGAUGAUGCGCGCGGCGAGUUCACGCGGUGGAACGGUGUCGUCCCAGAGGACCAGCCUGGACCCCACGAGGUACUGGACGUCGCCUCUGCCGCCGCCAGCCUGGGGAGCAUACUGGAGGGCGGCGACGACGACGUGGAGGAGGGCAGCCUGCCAUCAGACUCGGGACCAGACGAGCCCGUGCACGGCCGCCGACGCGGGGCCGGCCGCUUCCGGUUCCCGCCCCGCGCCCCGCCGCCGCAGGCCGCCUUCCAGCCGGGGUCGACGCGGCCGGACCGGUCGGGGCGCAGCUACCUCUGCUUCAACGCGCUGGGGACGCUGACGCUGCGACGUGAGCCAGGGGGCGGCGCGGGCGUGAUCGAGACCAGCUUCCACGACACCGCCCGCCACCGCCGACGCGUGCCCCUGAUCACCGACCACCUGGGGUUCAGCCUGGGGCACCUGGGGACGCAGGGCGUGGUGCUCGCCAGCCCUGCGACCGAGGACGCGCCCUCCACCAUCACCUUCCGCCCGCACGAGGGCUGGGCGGCCAACUCCGACUGCACCAAGGCUCUGCCUGAAGGGGAGGAGGCCCUGUGCGUCGCCUCGGGCGACACCUUCUUCGCGGCGGCCACCAGCGCCCGCCUGCUCCGCAUUUUCUCCCUUUCCGGGCUGCAGCUGUGCGUGCUCUGCCUGGCGGGGCCGGCGGUGACCCUGACGGCCGGCGGCGACAGCCUGGCUGUCGUGUGGCACGCCCAGCGCCCAGACGCAGACGGCACGCAGCACCUGCGAUACUCGACCUAUGCCGUGGCGGCCGGGGCUGAGCUGGCGCAAGGCGCCCUGCCCCUGACCCCGGGCUCCACCCUGGUGUGGGCGGGGUUUACCCCUGAGGGGCAGCUGGCCGCGCAGGACAGCGCCGGCGAGGUCCGGGUGGCGGGCCUGCGCUGGGGCGCCUGGGCACCCCUCUUCUCCGCCGAGGCCGCUCGGCAAGGCGGCGAGCACUUCUGGCUGGUGGAGUGCGGACUGCGCGAGGUGCAGUGCGUGGUGCUGGCGGGGGCCGAGGAGCCCGGGGUCAGCGUGGGCACCGCCCCCCGGCCCACCCUCUCCUCCCUGCCCACCCGCCCGGGCCUGUUGGCCGGGGGCAGCGGGGCUGCGCAGGAGGAGGAGCGCUUCCGCUGCCUCUGGGAGCGAGAGGCCGCGCAGGACCAAGCGGCGCUGGACGCCGCGCGCCGCGCCGAGGACCAGGCCAGGCGAGGGGAGGGGGAAGCUGAGGGGGACUGGAAACCAACCGCCGCCGCCGCCACCCUGCGCAGCCUGCGCCUGCUGGCCGAGCUGGCCAAGGCGGAUCGGUGCGCGCGGUGCCUGGAGCUGGCGCAGCAGAUGCACACCGUCGCCGCCGUGGAGGGCGCCGUCCGCCUGGCCACCCACUUCAAGGCGACUGCCCUGGCCGACAGGCUGUCGCUGGUCCUGGAGGAAAGGAUGGACACAGGCGCAGAGUCCCAGGUGCGAGGAUCCGUUUAUGGGGGGGUUGAGGCCUGGAUGGCUGCUGAGAUAUGA